AAGGAUGGAGCUGGAGGAUGAGGACGGAGCGGGAGCCAUGGAGGACAGAGCAGGAGAGAUGAGGAUGGAGCGGGGGAUGAAGGACGGGCUGGAAUGACGGAGCCCGAGGAUGAGGAUGAGGAUGGAGGGGAGCGCUGCAGGACGCGGGCCCGGCUCUCGGCAGCCGCCACCGCCCGCGGCUCCGGGCCCGGCACAGCCGGGGGGCUCCGGCACGGCCCCCCAGGGAGGGACUUUGGGGACCCCACUUCGGGGCCGCCCCUCCCUCACCCCCAGGAGCCCCAGGGGGGUCGGGGUGGGUUGUCCCCCACCCCAGCCCUGUACUUGGGGGAGCGGGGGGGCUGAGCCUCACCCCCUCCCAGCACCAUCCCAUCCCCGGGACCACCGCGUGGGGAAACUGAGGCGCAGCCCAAGGUCACCCCGUCCCGAUGUCCCCGGGGGGGCCACUGUCACCUGCCGGGGGGAUCGAAGGGACAGAGCCCAGUGUCACCUCCCCCUGGGCCUCAGGAGCUCAGACCCCAAAAUGGGAUAAGGGUCCGUUUUGGGGGGGGGAUUAGGGCAUCCUCUCCAGGGGUUCUGGGGGACCGUGUGCCAGGUGGGAGUGCGAGGGGACCCCAAAACAUCCCCCCAAAGUGUGGGGGUGUCCCGGCCAGGCAGGGGUGGGGAAGGGCUGCAUUAAAGGGGUCCCAGUAGCCCCCCCCCCGUUAUAGGCCAGAAUCACCCCCCACAAUGACUCGGGGGGGGUGGAAGGGCAGUACAGGAUCCCCUUGGCGGGGUGACCCCCCCCAAGGAACCUUUCAGGAGUUCCUUCAGUACGUUGCGGGGAGGGGGGGCUUGGACCGAACCAUCUCAGAGUGGGGGGGGGGGCAGCGGCACCUGCCCCGCAAAUACCCCCGCCAGGCCCCGCCCCCUCCCGGCACGCCCCGCGCCGCCCCGCCCCCUCCCCUCUAUAACACCGGGGCAGCGGGGGGGCGGGGCUGCAGGUUUGGGGGGCCUGUGGGAUUCGGCUGCUCCCUCCCUAUGGAUCCACCCCUGGGGGGCCCAGCCCCCCCGCCGAUGCCGGCCAAGGAGGAGGCCCGUCCCCCCCCCGAGGGGGCCAGCUGCGACCCCGGCCCCCCCGCCGCCGCCCCCCCCGGCUCUCCCUGCCGGCCCCCCCCGCCCGCGGACCCCCUGGACACCCGCAUCGUCAUGGGGGAGGAGACCCGCUGCUCCCCCCCCGAGCCCCGGGGGGGCCCCCCCGUGCCUUGCCCCUUCCCCGCGCCCCCCAAGGAGCCCCCCCCGGGCCGCCCCCCCGCGCUGGACCCCGAGCUGUUCUUCACGGCCCCCUCGACGCCGGUGCGGGCGGGGGGGGCCCGGCCCCCCCCCGAGGAGCCGACGGACGGGGACAGCGAGGGGCUGUGCUCGCCCCCCACCUCCCCCUCGGGCUCCUACAUGACGGCCGAGGGCGGCAGCUGGGGCUCCUCGGGCACCGCCAGCACCUCCCCGUCCUGCUCCCCCAACCUGGCCGCCGAGGCCGAGGGCCUGGGGGACGCCGAGGGGGACCCCGAGGGGCUGGGGGGGGCCCUGCUGCUGCCCCCCGGCCUGGGGGACCCCCCGGCCUUCCCCCCGCUGUCCCCCGAGGAGGAGGACGAGGAGGACGAGGCCGGUUCCUUUGCCCCCCCGGGCUGCGAGGAGGAUGAGGAUGAGGAGGACGGGCAGACGCCGGAGGAGGACGAAGACGAGGAUGAGGACGAGGUGUCGGGGCUGAUCCCGGCGGCGCUGCUCCCGUUCCGGGGCAGCCUCCUGUUCCAGGCCGAGGCCGUGGAGAUCUCCCCCCGCGCCCCCCCCGGGGACGGGCAGGAGGAGGAGGAGGAGGAGGACGAAGGCAGCACCUCGGCCUCGUUCCUGCGCUCGCUGUCCGAGAGCUCCAUCCCCGAGGGGGGGGACGAGGCCUUCGCCUUCCGCGACGACACCGACGCCUCGUCCGACUCGGCCGCCUACGACGGGGACGAGGACGAGCGGCUCUACGGCACCGAGCGCCACGCGGGGGGCACGGCCACCCCCCCGGGCACCCCCCCGGGCACCCCCCCGGGCACCCCCCCGGGCACCCCCCCGGGCACCCCCACCGCCCCCACGGGCACCCCCGGCGUCGAGCUCCACCUUCACGCCGGGUCCCCGUGUCACCCCCCCGGAGAGGGGACGGGCCCCGGGCCUGCGGGGACCCCCCCGGGACUGCCCAGAGGGGACACGGGGCAGGACGGCCACGCCUUUGUCCCCACGGUGGAGGCGUGGUCCCCCCUGGAGCCCCCCCAGGAGGUGGCAGAAAGUUCUGGAGUGGCAGCGCCGGGACAGGGACCUCGCACGGAGCCAGCGGUGACAGUCGGUGUCCCCCAGAGCCCCGGGCUCUGCGCCGGGGACCCCCAGAGCCACCGGCCGAGGGGGGCCAACGGGGAGCCCCGGGACAGCCCUGGGGGUGACGGUGACAGUGACCUUGAGCUCGGCACAGGGACAGCAGGGAGCACUGACGGCCACGGCGAGCCGGACACCGCGGCCACCAGCCUGGGGACGUCGGUGACACCGAUCCCCCGGGAUGAGACGGACGCUGCGGCCGCUGAGGAGGUGACACCGGUGACACCUGGCCUGGUGGACACUGCGGAGACUGACCUGGGGACAUCAGCGACACCUGGGCUGGACACUGACCUGGUGACACCGGUGACCCCCAGCCUGAUGGACACCGUGGAUGCUGACCUGGUGACACCAGGUGACACCACUGGUGUGGCACCAAUCCUCCUGGAUGAGAUGGACGCUGUGGCCACCAGCCCUGGGGCACCCAGCCCGCCCGGUGAGCCAGACACUAUGGCCACUGCCACGGUGGCACCAGUGACACCAACCCCUCUGGAUGAGCCGGACGCUGAUCUGGGGACACUGGUGACACCCAGCCUGAUGGACAGCACGGCCACCGGCCCAGUGGCACCCAGCCCACCGGACACUGCGGCCACUGAGCUGGUGACACUGGUGACACCCAGCCCGCUGGAUGAGCUGGACACUGUGGCCACUGACACGGUGACACCAACCCCGCUGGAUGAGCCGGACGCUGCAGGCACUGCAGUGGUGACACCAGUGACGCCCGACCCGAUGGACAGCACGGCCACCGACCUGGUGACAGCGGUGACACCGACCCCCCUGGAUGAGAUGGACGCUGCGGACACUGACCUGCUGACAACGAGCCCCCCACAUGAGCUGAACACGGUGGCCACCAGCUUGGUGACACCAACCCCACCGGACACUGCGGCCACUGACCUGGUGACACGAGUGACGGCAAGGCCACCAGAUGAGAUGGACACUGCAGCCACUGACCCGGUGACACCAGUGACUCCCAGCCUGCUGGACAAGAUGGACACUGUGGACGCUGCCCUGGUGACACCGGUGACAUCCACCCUGAAGGAUGCUGUGGCCACUGACGUGCUGACACCAGUGACACCCACCCUGAUGGACACUGUGGCCACCAACCUGGUGACACCGGUGACACCAACCCUGCUGGAUGAGAUGGACACUGCAGCCACUGCCCCAGUGACACCAGUGACCUGCAGCCUGACGGACACCGGGGACACCGAGCCAGUGACACCGGUGACACCAACCCUGCUGGAUGAGACGGCCGCUGACCUGGUGACCCCCAGCCCGGUGACCACCACAACCAGUGCCCCGGAGACCCCAGUGACCCCCAGCCCGGUGACCACCAUGGCCAGUGCCCCGGUGACCCCAGUGACCCCGAGCCUGGUGGCCACCACGGCCAGUGCCCCGGUGACCCCAGUGACCCCCAGCCCGGUGGCCACCAUGGCCAGUGCCCCGGUGACCCCGAGCCCCCUGCCCCAGCCCGUGUCCCCCGUGGUGCUGGCAGCUGAGGUGGCCCUGUCCCUCGAGCCCCCGGCUGCCCUCCCGUGUCCCCCGUCACAGGGGUCGCUGUCACAGCCCCCCGGGGAGGUCCCCGAGCCCCCCAAAGGGUGGGGGGAUGCGGCCACCGCCUCGCCCGAGGGCUCGUGCCCGGAGCCGCCGGAUGCUUCUCACUCCCACCCCGACUCCAGCCUCGACAGCACCAGGGGGGGCCCCCCACACCUCCCUGGGACCCCCAGCCCCCCACACCUCCCCGGGACCCCCAGCCCCCCCUGUGCCCUCGGGGAGCCGUCGGAGGAGGAAGAGGCAGAAGAGAAGGGGGAGGAGGAUGAUGAGGGUCCCGCGGCCCCCCCACCACUGUUCACGGCCUCGGAGCGGGAGGUGUUUGUGGGGACCCCCCCGGCCCCCCCCGAGCUGCUCCCACCACCCGGUGCCUUUUCGGGGCGCGGGGCCGGCCCGGGGGUCACUGCCCUUCCCCGGGGGACCCUCGGGGACCUGCCCCCGCCCCUGCAGGAGCCCCCCACCCCCCGGCCGGGCCCUGAGCCCCCCGGCCCCACUGAGGGGGGCACCGAUGCCAAAGUCCCGGGGGAGGGUGGCCCCCCAAGCCCCCCCGGCCCCCCAAGAUCCCCCCCAGCUCCCCCUGAGCAGCAGCAGCAGAAGGAGGAGGCGGUGGGGAGGGUCUCCUCCAGCCCCCUUCCUGCUGUGGGGGCUCAGCAGGGGCCCCCCCAGGAACCGACCCCCCCCGAGCCCCCCCGCCCUGCGCCCCCCAAACUCAGCCAAGUGCCUCCUCCCGCCGCCGUGUCCCUGCUGGCCCCGGCCCCCCCCGGGACCCUCCCCGGCCAGGAGCCCCCCCCGGGGCUGCCCCCCUCCAGGAAGCACCUCGAAGCCCCCCAGCCCCCCCCGCAGAAGGAGCCGGAGCCCCGGGGCCGAGCGGCAGGGCCGGGGGCUGGGGGGGGCCGGGGGCCCCCCCGGGGGUCUCUGCAGUCCGAGUCGAGCUCGUCCAGCGAGGCUGAGACCCCCCGGGCCGACCCGGCCCCCCAGCGCUGCCAGCCCAACCACCGAGGGUCCGGCAACGAAUCCGAGAGCAACGACGAGUCCAUCCCGGAGCUGGAGGAGCCCGAGGGCUCGGAGCCGCCCCCCGCCCAGCCCCAGGUGCCCCUGGGCCACGCGCUCGGCCCCGGAGAGGAACCGCUGAGCAAGGCCAAGCAGAGCCGGAGCGAGAAGAAGGCCCGGAAGGCCAUGUCCAAGCUGGGGCUGCGGCAGAUCCACGGCGUCACCCGCAUCACCAUCCGCAAGUCCAAGAACAUCCUGUUCGUCAUCUCCAAGCCCGACGUGUUCAAGAGCCCCGCCUCCGACAUCUACAUCGUCUUCGGGGAGGCCAAGAUCGAGGACCUGUCCCAGCAAGUGCACAAAGCGGCGGCCGAGAAGUUCAAGGUGCCGCUGGAACACUCGGCCCUGGUGACAGACACGGCCCCCGCCCUCGCCAUCAAGGAGGAGAGCGAGGAGGAGGAGGAGGUGGACGAGACGGGGCUGGAGGUGCGGGACAUCGAGCUGGUGAUGGCCCAGGCCAACGUGUCCCGCCCCAAAGCCGUGCGGGCCCUGCGGCACAACAACAACGACAUCGUCAACGCCAUCAUGGAACUGACCAUGUAGCGGCCGGGGCUGGCCUGGCCCCCCUGUAUAGAUGCACAGAGCCCCCCCAGAUCCUUCCUCCUGCCCCCCAUCCUCCUCCUCCCCCCCUGGACCGCUCAAUAAAGGCCUCCUGCACCCCUUGGAUUGCA